CAGUUUUCUCACCAUUGAGAGAGAGAGAGAGAGAGAGAGAGAGAUCUGGAGAUCAGAUAAUGGGUUCAAUUAAAACACAGUUAAUAUUGGAGAAUGGUAAGUGCGGUAGUGGGGAAGAGAAGAAGAAAGGAUGGAAGAAGGUGUUGGACUUGGAGGAAGCGAAGAUGCAGAUUUGCUUCUCCGUCCCAAUGAUUCUAACAAACGUUUCAUACUAUUGCAUCACCUUGAUCUCCGUCAUGUUCGCCGGCCACCUUGGAGAACUUGAACUCGCAGCUUCCACACUUGCUAACUCCUGGGCCAUGGUCACCGGUCUCGCUCUAAUGACUGGUCUAAGUGGGGCACUUGAGACACUCUGUGGACAAGGUUAUGGUGCAAAGUUAUACAGAAUGAUGGGAAUUUAUCUACUAUCUUCAAUCAUAAUAGCUUUCUUCGUCUCUGUGAUCGUAUCUGCUUUAUGGUUCUAUUGAGAACCCAUUCUGAUUUUGCUUCAUCAAGAACCUCAAGUAUCAAAAAUGGCUGCCCUAUACAUGAAACAUUUGAUCCCAGGGUUGUUUGCUUAUGGCUUCCUACAAUGCAUCCUCAGGUUUCUUCAGACACAGACUGUCAUAAUACCACUAGUUGUGUGCUCAGUGGUUCCCUUAGUCAUCCAUGUUGGUAUCACUUAUACAAUGGUUUGCCUCACACCUCUGGGAUUCAGGGCAGCACCAUUGGCAGCUUCCAUAUCGCUAUGGAUAUCAUUUCUCAUGUUGGCCAUCUAUGUCAACUAUGCCGAUAAAUUCAAGCAUACAUGGGAAGGGUUUUCGAUGGAAUGCUUUCACCAUGUACUUCCAAGUUUGAAGUUAGCAAUUCCUUCUGCUGUUAUGGUGUGCUUGGAGUACUGGGCUUUUGAAAUUUUGGUAUUAAUAGCCGGAAUGAUGCCUAAUUCAGAGAGUAGCACAUCACUGAUAGCAAUGUGCGUGAAUACAGAAGCUGUCACAUACAUGAUUACUUAUGGUUUCAGUGCUGCUGUUAGCACACGAGUGUCAAAUGAAUUGGGAGCUGGUAAUGCAGAUCGAGCAAAGAAUGCUAUUGCAGUGACCCUUAAGCUAUCUAUUUUUCUGGCUCUCACAGUAAUUCUAGCCUUAGCAUUUGGUCACAAUAUCUGGGCAAGCUCCUUCACCAAUAGUCCUAUAAUAAAGAGAGAAUUUGCUUCCAUGACCACAUUGCUUGCAAUCUCCAUAUUAUUUGAUUCAGCUCAGGGCAUUUUAUCUGGGGUGUCCAGAGGAUGUGGCUGGCAGCACUUGGCAGCAUGGACUAACUUGGCAACUUUCUAUGGUGUUGGCAUGCCUAUAGCGGUUCUCCUCGGUUUUAAGAUGGGAUUAUAUGCUAAGGGAUUGUGGAUUGGUCUGAUCUGUGCGCUUUCCUGCCAAGCUUGCACCCUACUAGUUAUUACAGUACGCACAAAAUGGGAAAAUAUUAAUCUUUCCGUUGAAAAUGGUAAAGCUCAAUCUGUGCUGGUCUAACUGAUGUUGUAGUACUAGUUCAAACAAGAAAUGAAUAGGAUACAGAAGCCAGAGCAUGAGGAGUGAUAGCUUAAUUUCCCUAACUGAUUCUAUGGGUCUUCAUAUCAAUACUCUUAUUAAAGAUCAGAUGCUGAAUGAUAAGAAGGAAAACAAAGAACUCAGUGGCUAUCUGGAUUAUCUCUGCCUUGAUGAUCUACUGCUGAUACUUUGAGAUGACAUGCAGCAAGGUCCAUGGUAUAAGAGCUUCAUGGUACAUGAAUUACAGCAAUUGUGGUGGCAUUCUGGUUUUACAUUAUGUCAGACUAAAUUUCUCUGUGCAAAGCCAAGACCAUCAAUAGAGAAAUUUCAUAUUUCUAAACUUUUUGGCCUUAUGUUUCUGACUAUAUAUUCAGUGAAUGUUUUUCAAGUCUCUACAUGGUAAGGGGAAAGAAAUAUUCACCAACCACCAA